AUGCCGGUUGGCAUACUGCGCAGAGUAUUAGGACAAGAUGAGACAAGCAUAACUCUGCAGUGGGAUAAGCUCAACAGCACCAGCUUUGUUCUCCAGUUUAAUGGCACAGAGAAAAACAUCAGUGCACCCGAUGGAAAUGGACCAGUGAACCACACAGUCUCAUCUCUGUCUGCUGGAACUAAAUACGUGUUUACUCUCUUCUCUGUGUUUGGGAAUGCGAGGGGCAGUGGAAUACAACUAACAGCUGCCACAGCUCCUGAAAAUGCAGAAUUUUUCAGAGCAUUAGAACAAGAUGAGACCAGUAUCACUCUGGAGUGGGAUAAAGUGAACAACAACAUCAGCUUUGUUCUCCAGUUUAAUGGCACAGACAUUAACAUCGGUGUACCAAAUGGAGAUGGACCAAUAAACCACACCAUCUCAUCUCUCUCUCCUGGAACUAAAUACCUAUUUACUCUCUUUUCUGAGUUUGAGAGCGUCAGAAGCAGUGGAGUGCAAAUUUUUGCUGUCACAGCACCUGAAAAUGCAGAAUCCUUCAGAGUAUCAGAACAAGAUAAGAGCAGUAUCACUCUGGUGUGGGAUAAAGUGAACAACAACAUCAGCUUUGUUCUCCAGUUUAAUGGCACAGAGAUAAACAUCGGUGUACCAAAUGGAGAUGGACCAAUAAACCACACCAUCUCAUCUCUCUCUGCUGGAACUAAAUACCUAUUUACUCUCUUUUCUGUGUUUGAGAGCGUCAGAAGCAGUGGAGGGAAAAUUAUUGCUGUCACAGCUCCUGAAAAUGCAGAAGCCUUCAAAGCACUAGAACAAGAUGAGACCAGUAUCACUCUACAGUGGGAUAUUGUCAACAAAAACAUCAGCUUUGUUCUCCAGUUUAAUGGCACAGAGAUAAACAUCGGUGUACCAACUGGAGAUGGACCAGUAAACCACACCAUCUCAUCUCUCUCUGCUGGAACUAAAUACCUAUUUACUCUCUUUUCUGUGUUUGAGAGCGUCAGAAGCAGUGGAGGGAAAAUUAUUGCUGUCACAGCUCCUGAAAAUGCAGAAUCCUUCAGAGUAUUAGAACAAGAUGAGACCAGUAUCACUCUGGAGUGGGAUAAAGUGAACAACAUCAGCUUUGUUCUCCAGUUUAAUGGCACAGAGAUAAACAUCGGUGUACCAAAUGGAGAUGGACCAAUAAACCACACCAUCUCAUCUCUCUCUGCUGGAACUAAAUACCUAUUUACUCUCUUUUCUGUGUUUGAGAGCGUCAGAAGCAGUGGAGGGAAAAUUAUUGCUGUCACAGCACCUCUGAAUGCAAUAAGCUUCAGACCAUCAGAACAAAAUGAGACCAGCAUCACUCUCCAAUGGAAUAAAUUCAUCAACAACAUCAGCUUUGUUCUCCAGUUCAAUGGCACAGAGACAAACAUCAGUGCACCAGAUGAAGAUGGACCAGUAACCUUUACCGUCUCGUCACUUAAGGCUCGUACAAACUACACAUUCACUCUCUUCUCUGUGUUUGAAAACAUAAGAAGCAGUGGAUUCAGCAUCUCUGCAGCUACUGGCCCAAAUUAUAUUAUGUCACUUCACGUGAAGUUAGCUAUUCCCAGCACAAUGUCACCAUCAGAGAUGGAGGAUGCAUUGGUAGAGCUCUACAAAAAAUAUAAUUUGCCGCCACAGCUUUCAUUGAAAGUUUCUUCUUCCAAACCAUGAGUUCCCUGGAAAAGUCAGAUGGUGAAGUCCCUCAGCACCAGUGUUGUGUUGUCUUUCUCAACCUUAACUGGUUUAGAUUAUUUGACCUUUUUGGAAUAUCGUCAUUUAAAGCCUCUCUAUUUUGUCACAUUUUUAAUUGUUGUGGUUAAAUAGGACCU